ACAGAACAGUGGCCCACAUAAGGGAGACUGAAAGGAGCUUAGCUACAUACAUCUUGAAUCAAAGGAUGUGAGGGGCAUUUCUUGCUGGACAUAAUAUAGGGAAGCAGUUACACCACUGCCUAUGCUUGAGAAAUUGGAAGCAGUUGAGAAACAAGAAGAGCUCUGCAGCCUCAUGCAGAUAUUUAGAACAAAAUGAGAAAAAUGGAGAAAUUAAAAAGGAAAUUUUAGCAGAAAGAUGAUUUUGGAUUCUCUUUGAGACGGAAUUCUUGCUGUCAUCAGUAUUUCCAGUGUCUGGAUUUAGGAGAAAAUACUGAAAUGUGGUGGUUCCAGCAAGGGCUUUGCUUCUUGCCAUCAGCUUUGGUUAUUUGGACAGCUGCAUCUUUCAUAUUUCCAUAUAUAACUGCAAUCUUUCUACGCCAUGUUGAUCCACUGGUGCCCUACAUCAGUGAUACAGGAAUAAUGCCUCCUGAAAGAUGUUUGUUUGGGAUUAUGUUGAAUAUAUCCACUUCCUUAUGUAUUGCUACCAUGUACGUUCGUUAUAAACAAGUUUGUGCUCUGAAUCCAGAAAAAAACAAGAUCGCCAAAUUAAAUAAGACUGGUCUUAUACUAGGAGUGAUAAGUUGCUUUGGAAUGUGCCUUAUUACAAACUUUCAGAAAAGUGCUAUGUAUUCCGUGCACGUGCUUGGAGCCUCUCUAACGUUUGGAAUAGGGGCCUUUUACCUUCUGAUUCAGACUAUCCUUUCCUAUAUGAUGCAGCCAGAUAUUCAUGGCAAAGAAAUCUUCUGGAUUCGGCUGACCUUAUUGUUAUGGUGCGUAUCAAGCCUUUUGAGCAUGGCUAUUUCAACAAUACUUUUGCUCAGCGGCCGCUAUGGAACUGGUCUAGAGCAGAAGCUACAUUGGAAUCCAGAGGAGAAGGGUUACACAGUUCACAUCAUCAGCACAGUGUCAGAAUGGUCUCUGGCUUUUUCCUUUCUCUCCUUUUUCCUCACCUAUAUCCGUGAUUUUCAGUGUUGUGACCAAUAUAUACCAGACAGUUAUCUACUUCCUGAUCUACGGAGUCUUUACACCACAGACAUGAGGGAAAUUUGGACAAUACUAUAUUAUCUCCUCAAAAGUUUCCUUGCAUGCAACUGUCAAUUUAGAUGGACAAACCCUUUAUGAUAUACCCCGCAGCUUGAUGGCUGAUGAAAAUCCACUGCUGAUUUCAGGGAGCAUAUAACUAUGCGACAGAGAGGGAACAUAGGCUAAAAACAGACACUGUUUUUAUUAUGGAAUGUGUUCUGGUGAUUCACCUCAUUUUGUAACAUUAACAUCACCUUUUGACCUUCUGAUUGGGCCCCUGCCUCUCUCAAGGCUUUGGGGACCCAAUCCUGUGGAGCAGCUGCGAACAGGGGAACCCUGCACAUAUCCUGAGUUGGGGCACAUUAGCAUAAUGUGUAUGCCCAAGGAAUCCUCUGCAAGGGGAUUCCUGGGGCAUGCAUCUGCAAGUGAGGAACCUGGGGUUCCCCCAUUUUCAGAGUUGAGUCCUGAGUCAAGGCAUAGUACCCAUUCCUGGGAAAUUCCUUGCCAGAGGAUUCCUGGGGUUUGCCUUUGCAAACGGGAACCCAGGCAGGUGCCCCCAGGUUUGUGCAGGCAGUGUGGAGCUGCAACAAGCAAACAGAUGUUUGACACAAGUGAUGCCAAUUUAUACCACCUACUGUUGCAGCCACAAUUGUGAGCAUUUAUGGCACAGCAGGGGGCAUACACAUCUGUUUGCUUGGCCUUUGUGCCACCAUAAACAUUUUUAUGGUGGUAUCAAGGUGAUGUCUGUUUCCAGCCAUAAUUUCUCAGCUUCUACAACUCAGGAAUUGAGAUGAGCAAUGACAUUGCUAAUUUUCUAAGUGUUUAUUUUGUAUUAAAAAUAUCAUCUAAUUGAUCACAUAAGGUGCCUUAAUUCAUCUUGACAUAUAAAUGGCUUUUCUAUUAAUCCACUCAGCAAUGCAAAUGUGUUUAUCAGCACUGUCAAUAAACGUGGUAUUUUUACUGAG